UCGCAGACUGCCCUCGUAUCAUAGUCGCAAUCUCCGAGCCUCAUUUUUGGUGCUGCCUCAAACGUGAUCGACCCAACAGAACAACAGAGACAUUUUAGCAAACACUUAGAGUGCGAGAAGAAAAUGAGCGGAACAGUGAAGAAGAUCGCCGACGUGACAUUCAAGGCCGGCAAGACUAUUGAUUGGGAAGGAAUGGCGAAGCUUCUGGUCACCGAUGAAGCUCGCAAGGAGUUCGCUAAUCUCCGUCGCGCCUUCGAUGAUGUCAACUCUCAACUUCAGACCAAAUUCAGCCAGGAACCUGAACCUAUUAACUGGGAGUAUUACAGAAAAGGAAUUGGUUCUCGCUUGGUAGAUAUGUACAAAGAGGCCUACGAGAGCAUUGAGAUCCCCAAGUUUGUGGAUACAGUGACUCCUCAAUAUAAACCCAAAUUUGAUGCCUUGUUGGUGGAGCUGAAAGAAGCCGAGCAGAGAUCUCUGAAGGAAUCUGAAAGAUUAGAAAAAGAAAUUGCAGACGUGCAAGAGUUGAAGAAAAAACUUAGUACCAUGACAGCUGAAGAAUACUUCGAGAAGCAUCCUGAGCUGAAGAAGAAGUUUGAUGAUGAAAUUCGAAAUGAUUACUGGGGCUACUAGGCGGCUUCACAUAGCAGUUGUUGGGUCAAUUUUAGGAUGGAUUAUCCAAGAUCAUCCCUGGUUAGGAAUAAAAGAAAAAGAACUACAUUUUUGUUUCAUUUUCUGGGUCCUUUUGUGAAAUGCUAACUGCAGUGAAUCCCAUCACUUGGACAUCCUAAUGUAGUCCUGCAUUGGAGUCGAAAGAUGUUCGAAUGGAAAAAUAGAUCAAAACCAUGAAUGAAGCAAAUCGUGAUCUCUUUUUUGCAAUUUGACUAGGCUUUUUAGA